AUGUCUUGUAGUGGUGGAAAAAGCAAUGUAGUUGCAUUACUACUUAAGCAUGGGGCAAACAAGGAACAUAGAAAUCUGAGCGAUUAUACACCUUUAUCACUUGCUGCUUCUGGUGGAUAUGUGGAUGUUAUACAACUUUUGCUUACACAUGGAGCAGAAAUCAAUUCGCGAACAAACUCAAAGUUAGGCAUUUCUCCCCUGAUGCUUAGUGCAAUGAAUGGACACGAAGAGGCGACUAGAGUUUUAUUGGAAAAUGGUUCAGAUAUUAAUGCUCAAAUUGAAACGAACAAAAACACUGCAUUAACAUUAGCCUGUUUUCAAGGACGUGUUGAAGUGACUCGAUUGUUGAUUAGUCAUGGUGCCAAUGUUGAACAUCGAGCAAAAACUGGUCUUACACCUCUCAUGGAGGCUGCUAACGGUGGAUAUGUUGAGGUUGGACGGGUUCUACUUCAAUCUAAUGCAGAUGUUAAUACUUCUCCUGUACCCACUAGUCGAGAUACGGCACUUACUAUUGCUGCAGACAAGGGUCAUCAUGCGUUCGUGGCACUUCUACUAGACUAUGGAGCACAAAUUAAUGCACGAAACAAGAAGGGCUGUACUGCAUUGUGGUUAGCCUGCAGUGGAGGACAUUUGGAAACGACGAAAGUGUUAGUAGAUUAUAAAGCUGACACGGAACUGCUAGAUAAUCGGAAAUUGACUCCUCUAAUGAUUGCAUUUCGGAAGGGGCAUUUUAAAGUAGUUGAGUAUCUGGUUGAACAUGUACUACAGUUUCCAAGUGAUGGAGAUUGUCAACGAUUCAUUCUUUCACAAACUGAUCAGGAUUUAAUUAACAAAUGCACAAAAUGCUUGAUAUCUAUCAAAGAAGCAAAGGCAAGGCAGGCAGAACAAGCGAACAAAGCAGCGGCCUCUUUGUUGGAGAUGUUGGCGAAAGAGGAAGCUUUGGAAGAGUCAAAAAAGCGUACAAAACAACGUCAGAAGGAAAAGAAAAAAGCCAAAAAGCAAGCGAAAAAGGAUGAUGAAGAUAAUUGUAUUAAUGAAAAUGAAGUGAACAAUGAGUUUGAAAAGCUAUCAAUAAAGCCUGUGGAAUCAGUAGCCACAGAAAAUUUAUCAAUUCGGCAACAGAAAUCCAUAAAUCAAAAAUGCAAUAACUCAGCAAAUGCAUCUUUUCAAAAUGGAAAUUGUGAAGAUCAAAAGAUGUCGAUUAAGCAGGGGAAAGAGAAUCUUAAGAAUUCUAAUGGCGUGGCUACAACUAAAACUGUGAAACGAACAAGAGGAACGUCAAAAAAGGAGAAUAUUAACGAAGAUGUCUCUAUCUCAACUACGGCAUCAAAUCAUUUUAGUUCUGCAGCUAUUAUUUCAAAGAACUCUGAAGAAGAAGUAGAAUGGCAUUCUGCAAACAAAAAGAAAUCCAUUGUUAACAAGCCUGCCGAACCAAAACCCAGUGCUUCUACUCAUUCCAAUGUGAUGACAACGAAAACUGAUGUUUCUGAUAAAACUGAUGCCACUUCUCGAGCUUCUCCAACAACUCAUUCAAUAACACAAAUUCCUCCACUUUUUCCUGAUGACGUUUUUUUAAAUGAAAAUUUAAGUGCAGUUGGAAGCCGUAGACCAUCAUUACAGGUGUUAAACAUUGCAUCAAGUUCAAUUCCUCGUGUAAUCGGUCGUGGCGGUUCAAAUGUAAAUACAAUUCGUGAGGCUACGGGUGCCCAUGUAGAAGUAGAGAAGCAAUGUUUGCGUAAGGAGCAAACAACACGCAAGAUUACAAUUAAAGGUGCUCCAGAAGCUGUUAAAAAUGCUAUUAUGAUGAUCGAUUUGUUGAUGAAGGACCACAAUAUGCUGGUCACGGAUAUUGUUGAUCGUGUUAUUUCAAGUACGUCAACAAGCAAGUCACCUUCAUUUUCCGCUUCUACGGAAACAAAUACGACAAACACAGAAGUUUCUAAACAUCAUCAGAUAACAUUUAAAGAAGAAGUGCAGAAAUCACCCAAGCAGGUCCCAAGAAUUAUUGGUGCUACAACAACAGCAACAAUUGCUAUGAAUAAUUCACCAAGUUAUACUAAAACUUUGAAGGCCACCAUUCCGUUAAAUGCAUCAGCAGCGCAAAAAACUCCACCUACAAACAUUUGGCAAAAAAGAGCUGAAGCCAUUCGUGAAAAGAAAAGUUUGUAA